GCCCUCAUCACCACCGCGCUGUCUCUGCCCUCUCGGACAAACAAUUCUGUCGCCUGUCGGUCCCUUCUUCUUCUUCUUCUUCUUGUGCUAGUUGUUGCUCCAAUUCAUUCAUUCACCUUUCUCUCCUCUUUCCUUCGCCACUUGCGUUGAAUUUUUUUCCAUGGCGUCGUCCAGCGUUGGAAACUCAAUCCCUGCACCAGACGCCGUUCAGGUUCUCGUAUCGUUGCUAGCAGACGAGUCUCCUAUGGUCAGAGAGUCAUCGUCCGCUUCUCUCAAGGACAUCGCGGCACUGAACCCGCUUCUAGUCCUUGACUGUUGCUGCGCUGUAUCGCGAGGAGGACGCCGGCGUUUCGGAAACAUGGCUGGGGUUUUUCAAGUGAUGGCAUUCGGAGUGCGCGCCUUGGAUAAGAAAGACGUGGAUCCUUCUUUCAUGGCGAAGCUGGCGAAGAUUGCCACGGCCGAGAUGAUCUCGUCCAAGGAGCUAAAUGCUGAUUGGCAAAGAGCUGCAGCAAGCCUACUUGUUUCAAUAGGCUCACAUUUGCCUGACUUGAUGAUGGAGGAAAUAUUUCUUCAUUUGUCGGGGCCAAAUCCAGCUCUACCAGCUAUGGUUCAAAUACUCGCAGACUUUGCUUCCGCUGAUGCAUUGCAGUUCACUCCACGAUUGAAAGGUGUGCUUUCACGAGUUUUGCCAAUUAUUGGAAAUGUUCGAGACCCCUACCGACCAAUUUUUGCAAAUGCAUUCAAUUGUUGGUGUCAGGCUGUGUGGCAAUAUAGUGUGGACUUUCCUUUGCAUUCACUUCUUGAUGGUGAUGUCAUGUCCUUUCUGCAUUCUGCUUUUGAGCUUUUAUUGAAAGUCUGGGCAGCUUCAAGGGAUCUAAAGGUUCGCCUAUCUUCUGUGGAAGCAUUAGGUCAGAUGGUUGGCCUUAUCACCCGGGCACAAUUAAAGGCAGCUUUACCAAGACUUGUCCCUACAAUUUUGGAACUAUAUAAAAAGGAUCAAGAUGUUGCCUUUCUAGCUACUUGUAGUCUCCACAAUCUCUUAUAUGGCUCUUUGCUGUCAGAAAGUGGUCCUCCCUUGCUUGAUUUUGAGGAGCUCACAAUAAUUCUAUCAACACUUCUCCCAGUGGUUUGCAUGAAUAGUGAAAGCAAAGAGCAUUCAGAUUUCUCAGUUGCACUUAAGACAUAUAACGAGGUUCAGCGCUGCUUUCUGACAGUUGGCUUAGUAUACCCUGAGGAUUUGUUUAUGUUCCUUCUGAAUAAAUGCAGGUUGAAGGAUGAACCUUUGACUUUUGGCGUGCUUAGCGUUUUAAAGCAUCUAUUGCCCAGGUUGUCUGAAGCAUGGCACAGUAAAAGGCCUUUACUGGUUGAUGUGGUUAAGUUCUUACUUGAUGAGAAAAAUUUAGGUGUACGAAAGGCACUCUCAGAGUUGAUUGUGGUUAUGGCUUCACACUGUUAUUUGGUUGGUCCAUCUGGGGAGGAGUUCAUUGAAUAUCUUGUACGGCAUUGUGCUCUACCAGAUCAAGAUAGAAACCAGCUUGAGAGCUCAAGGUCUUCUUUUCAGGUGAAAAUUGGGGCAGUUUUUCUGACGGAAUUGAGAGCAAUCUGUGAAAAAGGACUUCUUUUGUUGACUAUUACCAUUCCUGAGAUGGAGCAUAUUCUUUGGCCGUUUCUGUUGAAGAUGAUUAUUCCACGAGAUUAUACUGGUGCAGCUGCCACCGUUUGCAGAUGUAUUUCAGAAUUGUGCAGGCAUAAACCCUCUUACAGCGAUACUAUUCUCAGUGAAUGUAAAGCUCGUUCUGACAUACCAAGUCCCGAGGAGCUUUUUGCUCGCUUGGUGGUGCUAUUACAUGAUCCUUUAGCGAGGGAGCAGCUGGCAACUCAGAUUUUGACGGUACUUUGCCAUCUAGCACCUCUCUUCCCAAAGGAUAUCAUCUUGUUUUGGCAAGAUGAGAUUCCAAAAAUGAAGGCAUAUGUUAGUGACACGGAAGACCUAAAGCAGGAUCAUUCGUAUCAAGAGACUUGGGAUGACAUGAUAAUAAAUUUUCUUGCAGAGUCCUUAGAUGUGACUCAAGACACCGAUUGGGUGAUAUCUCUUGGUAAUGCUUUCAGCAAACAAUAUGAGCUCUAUACUUCCGAGGAUGAACAUUCUGCGCUUCUUCACCGUUGCUUGGGCGUGCUUCUCCAAAAGGUCAAUGACAGGACUUAUGUUCAUCAUCAGAUAGAUUGGAUGUAUAAACAUGCUAACAUUGCAAUUCCAACAAACAGGCUUGGUUUGGCAAAAGCCAUUGGACUGGUUGCGGCAUCCCACUUGGAUACUGUAUUGGACAAACUGAAAUACAUUCUGGAUGAUGUUGGGCAAAGUAUCUUUCAAAGAUUCCUAUCUUUUUUCUCCGAAAGUUUCAGAACAGAAGAGUCUGAUGAUAUUCAUGCUGCUUUGGCAUUAAUGUAUGGAUAUGCCGCAAAAUAUGCUCCAUCUACAGUUAUCGAAGCCAGAAUAGAUGCACUUGUUGGGACUAAUAUGCUUUCACGGCUUCUUCAUGUGCGCCACCCUACGGCAAAGCAGGCUGUUAUAACUGCCAUUGAUUUACUAGGUCGUGCUGUCAUUAACGCUGCAGAGAAUGGUGCAUCAUUUCCAUUAAAACGAAGGGACCAAAUGCUUGACUAUAUAUUGACCUUAAUGGGCCGAGAGGCCCGAGAUGACAAUGAAGGAUUUUUUUAUUCCAGUCUUGAACUUCUUCGCACUCAGGCCCUUGCUUUAAGUGCCUGCACUACCUUGGUUUCUGUGGAGCCAAAACUAACGGUUGAAACACGAAACCAUGUAAUGAAGGCCACCCUAGGGUUCUUUGCUCUACCAAAUGAUCCGGUAGAUGUUGUCAAUCCCCUUAUUGACAACCUCAUCACUCUCUUGUGUGCAAUUCUUCUCACAAGUGGAGAGGAUGGGAGAAGUCGGGCAGAGCAGCUACUGCAUAUGUUGAGACAAAUUGAUCAAUAUGUUGCCUCACCUGUUGAAUAUCAAAGGAGAAGAGGUUGCCGUGCAGUGUUUGAGAUGCUUCUCAAGUUUAGGAUGGUUUGCAUAGGUGGAUAUUGUACUCUGGGUUGCCAUGGAAGUUGCACACAUAGCAAGCAAGUUGACCGUGCUGUACAUGGGAAUAUUUCCAACUUACCAUCGGCAUUUGUCUUGCCAAGUCGUGAAGCAUUGUGCUUGGGAGAUAGGGUUGUCAUGUAUCUUCCACGUUGUGCAGACACUAAUUCUGAAGUUAGAAAAGUUUCUGCAGAGAUCUUUGAUCAGCUCUUCAGCAUCUCUCUUUCGCUUCCGAGGCCUGCAGCUUCUAAUUUUGGUGCAGAUAUAGAAGUAUCCUAUGGUGCUUUGUCCUCCCUUGAGGAUGUUAUCGCCAUCCUGAGGAGUGAUGCAUCUAUUGAUCCAUCAGAAGUUUUCAACAGAAUCGUUUCUUCAGUAUGUAUUUUGUUGACAAAGGAUGAGCUUUUUGCUACUCUGAAUGGUUGCGCAGUAGCUAUAUGUGAUAAGAUCAAGCAGUCAGCUGAAGGGGUUAUACAAGCUGUCAUUGAAUUUGUCAUAAAGAGGAGGAAUGAGCUGAAUGAAAGUGAUGUUUCAAGGACCACCCAAUCUUUGCUCUCUGCUACAGUUCAUGUAACUGACAAACAUUUACGACUGGAAACACUUGGUGCUAUUUCUACUCUAGCUGAGAACACAAGUUCAAAAGUGGUUUUCAAUGAAGUAUUGGCUUCUGCUGGGAGGGAUAUAGUCACGAAGGAUAUAUCUAGAAUUCGUGGUGGCUGGUCAAUGCAGGAUGCAUUUUAUGCGUUCUCCCAACAUACAGUGCUUUCAUCUUUGUUCCUGGAGCAUGUGAUAUUUUCCCUUAGCCAGACUCCAAUUCUUAAAGGUGAUUCAAGGAAAGGAGAGAACUCUAGUCAUCCUGUCGAUGGUCAGAUAGAGGAAGACAUUCUGCAAGCUGCUAUUUUUGCUCUCACGGCUUUUUUCAGAGGUGGUGGUAAAGUCGGAAAGAAAGCUGUCGAACAAAAGUAUGCUUCUGUUCUUGUAGAACUGAUUCUCCAGUUGGGCAGCUGUCACGGUCUUGUUCAGACCGGUCAGCAUGGACCACUACGGGCUCUUCUACCUGCAUUCCAGGCAUUCUGUGAAUGUGUGGGAGACCUUGAGAUGGGAAAGAUUUUGGCCAGAGAUGGAGAGCAAAAUGAAAAUGAGAGGUGGAUCAAUCUUAUUGGAGACAUAGCCAGCUGCAUUUCUAUUAAGAGACCGAAAGAGGUUGAAAGUAUUUGUAUAAUUUUGAGUAAAUCCCUGAGUCGACGGCAAAGAUACCAAAGGGAAGCUGCAGCUGCCGCAUUGUCAGAAUUUGUUCGUUAUAGCUGUGGGUUUGGUUCCCUAUUGGAGGAGAUGGUGGAGGUGUUGUGUCGACGUGUAUCAGAUGAGUCUCCAAACGUUAGACGUCUGUGUUUGAGAGGACUAGUACAGAUUCCAUCUAUUCAUAUUCUGCAGUAUACAACACAGGUGUUGGGUGUAAUAGUAGCUUUACUGGAUGAUUUAGAUGAAUCUGUGCAAUUAACUGCAGUGUCAUGCUUACUAACGAUGCUUGAGUCAUUCCCAAAUGAUGCAGCAGUGGAACCAAAUUUGCUUAACCUCUCUGUACGGCUCCGCAAUCUUCAAAUAUCCAUGAACAGUAAGAUGCGAGCCAAUGCUUUUGCAGCAUUUGGAGCUUUAAGCACCUAUGGAUUUGGGGCGCAGCGGGAGGCAUUUCUUGAACAGGUACAUGCUGCCAUCCCCCGAUUGGUUCUGCAUCUUCAUGAUGAUAACAUUAGUGUUCGACAGGCAUGCCGGAAUACCCUUAAGCGAAUUUGUCCAUUAAUGGAAAUGGAAGGAUUCCUUGCUGUGUUUAACACACAUUGUUUCAAUUCUGAUCACCGAAGUGACUAUGAGAACUUUGUCAGAGAUGUCACAAAGCAACUUACUCAACAUCUUCCCUCCAGGGUUGAUACUUACAUGCCAGCAACAAUACAGGCUUUUGAUGCACCGUGGCCAGUAAUUCAGGCAAAUGCUAUUUACUUCUCCAGUAGCAUGCUCUCUCUUUCAGAUGAUCAGCACAUUUUAUCUCGUUACUAUGCACAGGUAUUUGGGAUGUUGAUAGGGAAAUUGAGUCGCUCAGCAGAUGCAAUAGUUAGAGCCACAUGCUCUUUGGCCCUGGGUUUGUUACUAAAAUCUUCCAAUUUACUCUCAUGGAGAGUAGAACGGCUUGAUCGGGACUCAAGUCGAAGGGGCCCAGACUCAGAGUCUCCUAAGAAGUAGCAGUUUGCAAAGGUGGAUGAAAAUGAUUGUUUUGACAUGGGAGCUUUUAGACCUGCCCCCAUUGUUGUUGCAAAAGUGAUUGAAUAGACUGGGUUCUGGUUGGCUACAAUUAAAGGAAAAGUGAGUGCAACUGAAUCCAAUUGACAACGCAUGGAGCUCUGUAUCAAUGUUCAUAAACGUGUAAAAUUGCGUGGACUCUAUCUAUAGCGCACUUGAGUAAUAUAUUGAGAGCUUGCAGCUCCAGUUUUGUAAGAUGAGGAAAGGUUCGUUGUGUUUAGCUGAGAAAGCUGCGUGGAUUGUAUCUUGUUCGUCUUUAGGUUUGUGGUGUAGAUGGUAACUCUAGCGCUGUAUAUUAAAGUUGCAUGCGGGAUGAGAACAACGUGGGUCCUUUUUUUUUUUUUUUUUUAUUUGUCGUAAUCUUUCCCAUUCCCCAGUCGAUACCUUCUGCGAAUCAAAUCUGUUUGUGUUCUGCUGGAGUUGCAUAUGUUGUAAAUUGUUCACAGAACUAAACAAAACAUAAAUGUAAGGUUCAUUUACUUGAAUAAAAUCUGUUGUUUUUCUCUGGAAA